UGUGUGAUCUUGAUCAUGGCCACAGUAGUGCAAUGCAACGCGUCUGCAAUUGCUGAAAAGCCAAAUGAAACAACAAGGAAGCCAUCGGAGCACGUCAAAAUGGCUGAGAACACUGCGGAAUCGUGUCGAAAAAAUUCUCAGCACUGCUGCGUGACUCCCUCCGCGCAGAAAGAAGAAAGUCAGACAACGAAAUCAGAAUUGUUUAUUACUGUUGCGAAGGAUGCAAAAAAGCAGAGGGUACAGGAGCUUCUGGAGAAAGAAAGACAAGCUGAAGAGGAAAGGGAGAAGUUCGUCAAGGAUAGUCUCGAAAGAAGAGCAGCCGAGAGAGCGGAAGUCAUAAACCAAGCGAAGAAAUUAAUUCUUUAUAAGAAACCUAUGUGCAGACGAAUCAAUCAGGCUCUGCUUACCUCAGAGUGCUUGAGGGAGCUGGACGCUCAAAUGAAAUUCAGAGAAACUCUGAAAGACAUCGAUAAAGACGAAGAAACGAGCUACGUGAGUUCGAUGAAAGCCGACGUCGCGAAAUACGAGGAAGAGAAGAAACGAACAACGGAAGAACAAAUCCAGAAACAGAUGAAAUAUGCCACGUUGCUGAAGAGACAAAUGGAAGAAAAUGAGAAGAAUACGAAAGGGAAGGAAAGGGAAGAAUUCGAAGCUGAAAGAGAAAGUCAUAUAUUUGCGAAUAAAUAUUUGCAGGAUGCCAAGGCACAUGAGGAGAAGGAACUCCUAAACAAGAAGCAUCGUUUGAAACAAUUAUUCGAAGAAGCAAUCGCGGAAAAGAGACGAUUCGAGGUUAAACAGAAGUGCGAGGAGGAGUUCGAAGACCGGGCUAUCGAAGUAUACCAAAGCGCCAAAGAGAGGAUAAAACAGAUGCACAAGAAAGUGAUGUCGCAGCGAAAAGAGGACAUCGAGAACAGAGCGCGGCUCAUAAGUGAGAGACAUCGCGAGUUGAUGCAGUCGUCGAAAGCGAUAGAGGAUGAAAUACUCGAGAGGGCUCUAGCGGAGAAAGAAGCUCGUCGCAUAGAACAAGAAGAAGCUCGAAGGGAACGCGAGAUGAAGAUGAGAAAGGAGCUGCGAGACUUCCGUAAAGAAACUGUGGAGAAAAAAUCGAGAGAAGUUGAAGAAGAGAAGGAUUGGAAGCUGUGGGAAAUGGCGCUGAGAUUCAAGAAGGCGGAGUCUGAUAAACUAAUGGAUAUCGAAGACAGAGAGCGAGAGUGGAACGACAAGAUGGAAUACAAAGAUUCCCUCAGAAGGUCCAUUAUGGAAAGAGAGGCCCAGCUGAACGAGGAAAAAUAUUUCGAAGCGAAAGAAGCUGCAUACAUGAAAGAAAUUAUCGAGAAAGAAAACAAAAGAGUUCUCGAUUACGCGGAGGAAGUUAUCAAUGAAUCCACUGGAGUGAGACCGCUGUAUCCCAUUCUUAAAGCACUGAAGGAAUGCAAGAAGGAGAUGAAUCUCUUACCACUUCGGAAGAAGGAAGAAAUAAUAGACACCAAGCCUUCGACGAGACGAAGACGUCCUCGUGUUUGCACAAAGAUUGUUCCAGAAGAGCAAAUCUGUUAUUUAAAGUAGAACAAACUAACAGAACACAAAAAUAACAUUUUAUCUGUACAUCUUGUACUUUUAUAUUUAACUUUACUCUCAUUUGAUACUCGUAAUAUUAACUCUUGUAAUUUAAAUAUAAAAUACAUAAAACCACUA